AUGGCAGACCAACAUUCAUUCAUCAGAAAUGGAUGGAAGACCUGGAUCGAGUACGACCGCCCCGAGCUACACGACAGAGUUGGCUACCGAGACUGGCUCAUGGCCUAUGAAAUUCCAUCCCCUGGCAGACCUUUCGCAGAAGAUGCACUAAUCAGCGCAGUAGAAAGAGGUCUACGUGAUUUCCAAGCGUACUGGCCUGGCAAUGCCAAACUCCGCAAAUACGUGAGAGAGCGCAUCACUCUUGCGCUGCGCAGCAAAGACCUCUCGUUGAGCCGCGUUGUCUACCUCAUGACAACUUGGGGUUGCGAACCUUCUCUGGCAAAGAAUUGGCUCCUUCAAGGCCCUCAGGGUAUAGACUGGUGUGCAAAGGCCUGUAUAUGGCUGUUGAUGGCUGCCUUCCCUUUACGUUCCUCUGACCCCUGUUACCAUGGUGAACUCGAUGAGCAGAUUCUAAAUGAGGGUUUGCAUCACAAUGAGUGGCAGAAUCAGUGCAAAAGGGUUGAGGUCCAGCAGCAGAACCGUGUCCGAAUAGCUCUUCUGCCCCCUACUAAGUCCUGGGAGAUUCGAUCCUGGAGGAUGAUGGCACUUUGGAGGGCUCAGAAGCUCGAAUGGUCUGGUACGCGUUCCAGCAGCAACGGCUUGCUGAUGGGUUCCUUCAAGGAUGCUGCUGCAAAAAUUACCAUGUUGGAGUUCGGCCUGGACGCCGACAGCGGCGACUCUGAUGCCAUCCUACUCCAACAGUUGCUCGUUAUCGACCCCGCCCAUUGGCAAGAGUUUAUGGAGAUGAACGUUCGAGGCGAACUAACUAUAUAUCAUCUACUCAAUGACCGGCCAAGAGAGAUUUGCUACUUACCAGCUCAAAUACUUGUACCUCAUGUCAAACAAUACAGGCAGGCCCUGGAAGGGGCUGAUCGCGAUGGAGCGCUUUCGGGACUCAUCAAGCACAUGCGACAGUUCCAUCAUUGCGGCAACAUAUGUUUCACGAAACCAGGCGAGGUCGAAGCAAUCUUGAUGACCUUUCACGAGACCGGCGCCCCGAGACAUCCCGACUGCGCCGACAUCGACGUGCAUGAGCUCGAGUACGAUGUUUCCGAUUGCGCUCCAAAUUGUCCCCGGGCUCGCUCGACUGGAAACACCACAUGGGAUUUGAUGUUAUGGGAGGGAUGUUGCGCCAUUGCGUGGCGAUGA